AUUCCUGACAGAGCGGGCGGGAAGGGGAGCCGGACGGCAGAGAAGCACAGGUUCGGUCCACCGCGGAGUAUGGAGUGGGAAACGGGCGACAACCAUGAUUUAGAACCACCCAAGUGAUAGUUUCCACCUCCGGGGGUUAACAUGGUCAGCCCUGGUUUGGAGAAAGUCCGAUACCGGAGCAGAUAAAGUGUGAGGAAGACAGCGGAGGCUGACGGAAGGACAAACCCGUCGCGCUGCAACCAAAGGCGGGGAGCAAAGCUCGGGAACUCUGGAUUCUGCUUUUCUUUUUUUUCUUGUUUACUUUGACGCGGAUCUCAAAACUUGGCUGUACAUUUGAAAUCAGACAUUUUUUUUCUUUUGGAUUGCGUUUUGUUUAAGCGAACAGAAGUAAACAGCGUCUCCACGGAUUGGAUUUAAACUCGUGUCCCGGUCUCUUCCUGGAUCCAGAGCGUUGGAGCACAGUGUUUGGGUCCGUGGGUCGGAGGAGCCGAUACACGGCAGCUUCGAGUAGCGUUGGUUCGGUUUGUUUACAUCUGUUUGUUGGGACCUCUCGGAGUUAGGGUCAGAGGCUCAGAGCAGGUGAACAGGACAAAGGUUCUGCCGGACCGUCUCAGUCCGACAGGAUUCAUUUAAGUGAUAACUGUACACCACCAACCCCCACCCCGAAAAGACCACUGCCAUUGGAUCUAUUUUUAGUGUUUGGGAUGGGGUAAAACAGGCAGCAGGAAACCUGACUCUCCUUCACCUUUUUUUUUAUUUCCUCUUUACAAGCUGUUGCACUUUUUUCCUGUCAUGGAUCGGCAGAAACCUGAUGUUUUACAACUAGGCCAGAAAAAGGCAAACAUUUUAUCAACAUAUUAAGUUCUUUGUGGAAACUAAACUGACCAUGUAGCCUUAAUAAUUUGGGAUAACUAGAGGUUCUAUAUUUCACUGCACACAAAAUACCUGCUCUAGAUAAGGGAAUGAAGCUGGAUAAUUAAUUACCUGUGUGCUUUUAGAUUUUUUUUUUCAGAAGAACACAGAGUGUUUGACUUUAUUCCUUAUUUUUGCAAGCUCUUAUUUACACAACACACAACAAAGUUCGUUUGACUACCUGAAAGAUACGUCACCAGCAAAACAUCCAGCCCACACAAGAUGCAUGAAACUGUCAAACCCCAUUCAGUAAAACUCUAAGCUAAAUAAUUUGCCUUCUUUUAGUCCCCAUAUCUACAGAGAAAUAGAAUAUAUAUGUAUAGCAAGAGAUCUAUAUAGUGUAAUUCCACAGAAGACAAGAGAUGAUAUUUAUUAUAUUUUUUACUUCAGAGAGACAAGCUGCCUGCAUACCUGUUUGUUGCCUUAAAGUCUGUAAAAUAUAAGUAAACAAACCAAGCAGGAGAAGAAGGUGCCUUUUUAAUUGGUUGGUCAGCUUCCUACCAUUUCAAGCUUCAUACAUUUGUUGGAUGUAAAGUGCUGAAGUUAACUCUGGGAUUGAUAACAUUUACUUAAGUGCUCCACCCCUUCCAAAACCUGUUAAAGCACAGACUGUGUUUUCCUGCCGGACUGAACUUUGACUAAACCUUCCUAUGGUUGUCACAUCAUCAUCUGUGGAGGACAAGACUGGAUCCUCCUGCAGGAUGGUCCAGUCCGAGCCUUGGAUCGCCUCAUCACUGCUUCAUAGGAACAACAAGAGUGUAAGCAGCUCAGGAUGUCCGCCCACCUCCUCCUCCUUCUCCUCCACCUCCUCCUCCUCCUCCUCCUCCUCCACUGCCCAGGGCUUCUCCCUCGCUGAGCCAGCCAUGACCAGCCAGCACACACAUACGCACCCCUCCUUCAGCUCCAUCCACUCCAUGGCCGAGCAGCAGCAGGUGCUGUCUGAUAUGACCAUACUCCAACGGAGGAUCCCCCCUAGUUUCAGAGACCCUGCUAGUGCUCCACUGAGGAAACUCUCUGUUGACCUCAUCAAAACUUACAAGCACAUCAAUGAGGUGUACUAUACCAAGAAGAAGAGGCGGGCCCAGCAGGUCCCUCCUGAGGACAGCAGCACGAAGAAGGAGAAAAAAGUUUACAACGAUGGCUAUGAUGAUGACAACUAUGAUUACAUUGUGAAAAACGGAGAAAAGUGGCUGGACCGCUAUGAAAUAGAUUCACUGAUUGGGAAGGGCUCUUUUGGACAGGUGGUUAAGGCCUACGACCACCAUGAGCAGGAGUGGGUUGCCAUUAAGAUCAUUAAAAAUAAAAAGGCAUUUCUAAACCAGGCUCAGAUUGAACUACGCCUGCUGGAGCUCAUGAACAAGCAUGACACUGAGAUGAAAUAUUACAUAGUCCACCUGAAGCGUCACUUUAUGUUUAGGAACCAUCUCUGUUUGGUGUUUGAGUUGUUGAGCUACAACCUGUAUGAUCUGCUGAGGAACACCAACUUCAGAGGAGUUUCUCUCAACCUCACAAGAAAAUUUGCACAACAGCUCUGCACAGCAUUACUAUUCCUGGCCACUCCGGAGCUGUCAAUCAUCCACUGCGAUCUAAAACCAGAGAAUAUUCUGCUGUGUAACCCCAAAAGAUCCGCCAUCAAAAUAGUGGACUUUGGAUCCUCAUGUCAGCUGGGACAGAGGAUCUAUCAGUACAUCCAGAGCAGAUUUUAUCGCUCUCCUGAGGUUCUUCUGGGGAUGCCAUACGACCUGGCUAUCGACAUGUGGUCUCUGGGAUGCAUCCUGGUGGAGAUGCACACAGGCGAGCCUCUCUUCAGUGGCUCCAACGAGGUCGACCAGAUGAAUAAGAUCGUGGAGGUCCUGGGGGUUCCACCCAGCCACAUGUUGGAUGCAGCCCCUAAAGCCAGGAAGUAUUUCGACAAGCUAUCAGACGGCUUAUGGACGGUGAAGAAGAAUAAGGAUGUCAAGAAGGAGUAUAAGCCCCCAGCCACUCGACGACUUCACGAAAUUUUAGGAGUAGAGACUGGGGGCCCAGGGGGCCGGAGGUCUGGAGAGCCAGGACACGCCCCCUGUGACUACCUGAAGUUUAAAGACCUGAUCCUGCGCAUGCUGGACUAUGACCCUAAAAGUCGAAUCACACCAUUCUAUGCCCUGCAGCACAAUUUCUUUAAGAAAACCACAGAUGAAGGAACCAACACCAGUUCGUCUACAUCCACCUCUCCUGCCAUGGACCACUCUCAUUCAACCUCCACAACUAGCUCUGUUUCUAGCUCUGGUGGCUCCAGUGGUUCUUCCAAUGAUAACCGCAACUACCGUUACAGCAACCGCUACUACAACUCUGCUGUUACCCAUUCAGACUAUGAGAUGACAAGUCCUCAGGCUCCCUCCCAGCAGCAGAUGAGGAUGUGGCCAGGCAGUGAAAGUGGAGGUGGGGGUCAGGACCCAGCAUAUACCCAUUUGCUGCUCCACAAACCAGCUGCCGCCCAGCCACACCAGCGCCACUUUUUGGACCCACCUCACCACCCCCACCCGACCUAUUCCCACCACGGGAACGGUGGGCGGGGCCUGCGGCAGAGUGGACAAACGAGCUUGGGCGGAAGCGGGGGUCAGCAGGGAUCCUCGCCCCAGUUGAGUGACAGCAUGGACGUGGGGGUGUCCCUGGGGCUGCACCACCUGGGGGCGGUGUCUUCCAUGGAGGCCUCUCAGUUCGGCUCUGCGUCUCUGCCCCUCGCUUUGCCAAUGGGACUGUCUGCCUUCCGGACUCGGCCGGCCCCCACCGCCCCAGGGCCACAAGCCCCGCCCCCUGAGGACUACUACCCUGCCUCCAACAACAAUAACCCUGCUCCGGGGGGCAGAGGGAGGCCGGAUUCAGACGAAGGGCCAGCCAACUCUUGAUAAAACCUGAACCAUGCCCUAAAGCCAUACAAUUUUAACUUCAACUCCAACUCCAACUACAACAACAACAACAACAACAACUACACACACAGCCAGAGUUCAGACAAGCAGGAGGAGACACUUUCUUCUGGAUAAGAGGAGGAAGACGGAGGAGGAGGAGGAUGAAAAACGCCUUCCCUUUUUUUUUUCUUCCUGUUUUAGUUUCUCGUCACUGUUGCAACUGUAAUUGGUAAAGAAUGAUUAACGAGUGUGUUUUUAUUGAUAUGAUUUUAUUUCUCUUGGGUUUUAUGUGUUGGGUGUUGUUUUUCUGUUGUUGUUGCUUCAACCUGGAGAGGAGGAAGGUGAUGAAGAGGUAGAAGAGAGGGGGCCACGUCUCUCCAUUUGACUCCAAACUGUGGCUGUCGGCUGAAUGAUUGUCACGAAUCUGACACCGCUGCGUUCAGAUUCAAGAGAUCAGCAGCCAUGACGCAAGUGCGCGUACACACACACAUACAAACACACACACACAGCACUGUUUAUAUUCCAAUCAGGUUGGGGAGAAGAGGGAGGGGGGGCAGGACACUGAUGCCUUGCUGACGUUCAAAUGGAUCUCCUUCUUUUCCUCACUCUUCCCUCACUCCCUCCACUUUUCUUGUUGUGUUUCUCCUCCAGACAGCUCCUCCUCUCUGUGCUGCUAACCACCAUGACAACCGGUCCGAAUUGCUGCUAAAGAUCCGACUCAGAUCAAUAAAAAUAAAAACAGAUAGAAACAGAAA